CCACCCGCUUCCCCCAAACAAAUUUGCCCCUCCCAAGUCCCAACCCUAAUCAAUCCUCCCAAGCACUCUCCUCGGAUCAGAUCCCCUCCAUUGGAUCUCCUCUUCUCCUUCUUGUCGGAGCAAGGCCAGGUCUUCCGGAUCUCUCUAUCAGUCGCCAUGGAUGACGAGGAACUUGUUGAUCAAAAGAAGUAUCUUGAGGAACGAUGCAAACCACAGUGUGUAAAAUCACUUUAUGAGUAUGAGAAAUGUGUCAAGAGAGUCGAGAAUGAUGAUACUGGACACAAACACUGCACCGGGCAAUAUUUUGAUUACUGGUCAUGCAUCGACAAAUGUGUAGCAGCAAAGCUGUUUAAGGAGCUAAAAUGAUGUCUGUGAUGGUGCUUUUGGCAAGUGACUUGGAUGAUAGCAUGAUGCUACUUUCGGCGAGCGACUUAUCCAUUUGUGUUAACCUUGGCGCCUUUGGAACCUGGCUGAGCUCAUGAACUGUUAUGCCUGUGCCUCGAUUCUGUAAACUUGUAAUAAAUCAACAAUGCUCCUUUGAAAGUAUGUGUGUUCCUUUGGACUUAACAUGGAUAAGUUGAUGUUUGGUGAAUCUAAUGUCAUUGCCCCAGUGCCAUUCCUUUGAA